AUGAGCCAUGCUUUCACUAUCUAUUUAUUAACUGCAAUAUCCGCCGAUCAUCUCCACGCUUUCGAGGCAAUGGCCAUGUUUCGCCUCGAUAUGACAUCACGGAGAGCGAAGGACUUUGGCAUCUAUGUCGCCGCUAGCUCCAUCGGCGUUUUUGUCCUGUACCAAAUGUUCGUCUUUGCCUCAGAGUGGGACCGGUAUCGCGUCUACGAGCCUUUAUCUCCGAAUAGCACAAUCACAUCCCUGCGGUCCCAUGGUGGCAGUGACUGUUUGCCAAUCUUCACCACAGCGUCAAUUAUCGAAAAAGCAGAUACACUACGCAAAUCAUGCGAGCAGCUGCAUGCAUACCCCCCUACAGAUGUUCGGAUAGGCGCUGUGACAGCACACCUAGGAGAUGUACAAGAGCAGUAUCAAAAAGCACUCCAAACUCAUUUGAUACACAGCCUAGUACACGAAACGCAACUAGAUGUCUUGUGCUCUCCCAUCAUUGAUCACAUCUGGAACAAACCUGCAUUUAUCCUAUCUCGUUUACUUGAAGAGAUGGCAUUACCAGAAGAUGAGCGACUGAACUGGCUCUUUUGGGUCGAUCGGGAUACUCUUGUCCUUGACCCCUGCAGAUCUAUCUCGAGCUUCCUCCCACCGAUCAGCCAUACACAUAAAAACACAGACAAGAAAGCGAGAGAUCAGAAAGAGGAGCCGCAUUUAAUCAUGACAAAAGACUGGAACGGCUUAAAUGCCGGGGUUUUCCUGGUCAGGGUAGAUCGCUGGGCAAUAGACUUCUUCAGCGACUUACUUGCCUUUCGCCAUUUCCAGCCCAAUGUCUCACUACCGUUUGAGGAACAGACCGCUAUGGAGAUACUCUUCGAGCAGCCCAGAUAUCGCGAUGGGGUUGAGCAGGUCCCCAGUGUGUGGUUUGAUUCUUAUCCCGGAGAUACUGCCCUAGAGUUUGAGCAGCGCACGAAUGAUACGGGAUUGGAAUAUCAUCACGCCAUGCGAGGGGACUUUCUGGUGCACUUUGCUGGUGUUGAGGAUAAGGAUCAUCUUAUGUAUGAGUGGGUUGAUAUGCUUGGGCGGCAGAAAGGUCCGUGGCGGGCAGAACAGAUACUGAGGAAUAUCACGAAUAAUAUUGUCAGUAUAUGGGAGGAUGAGGGGUACGGUAGCUAG